UCUGGAUGGUGCCACUCCGGCCGGGUGAAAGGUUCAUAUAGCGGUCCUGACAGCUGGACUCCUCAGAGCCUCCUGUACCUGAGAAGUGCACGGAGUUUCACACUGGGGGAGAACUGAACAUAAUGAAGAAAAGUACGGCGCAAGCUGUGAUUGGCUUCGUCUUCUUCAGCGUUGUCUGUCUUGAGUUAAUCAAAGCAGACAGUGAUGGAGUCCAAUUUGUUAACGCUGAAUGGAAAAGACCAGAGAAAGAACAGCAGGGAAGUCACUCAUGUGUUGCUAGGCGACUCGAAGACAACAGUGAAGAAGUAACAUGCAAAACAGAGGUACUGUUCAGACAAAAGCCACCAGCUGAGUAUGCCAGCAAGAUCAAGAGCAUCAAAAACAAGCUGAAGCAGCUAGAGUCACAGUUUGAUGACUGUAGGCUAGAGAAUGAGCGUAAAGACAGGCUCAUUCAGCUGCAGAUCAACUUGACUGAUACUAUUCACAAGCUUAUCUCUGAGAGUGACAUCAAGGCUCUUGAAAGCUCAUGGAAUAAACUCACUGCUGGUGCUGAUGGCAGAACCACAUUUGGAAACAACCUUGUUCUCUGGAUGUUGGAUAAUGUCCCCAACAUGCGUGAAAGAUUUGUCAAGUUCAAUGCUCACCAGUCUGAUGAGGCUCUGAAAAAUGAUGCUGAGUUCAUUAAGCAAGUGAAACUCAUCGUCGGUGGUCUUCAAACCUUGAUUAGCAAUUUGAACAACCCAGGACAGCUUCAGGCUUCCAUUGAGCACCUUGCUGAUGUCCAUUUGCACAUGAAACCAAGCAUUGGGUUGGAAUAUUUCAAGCCACUACAAGAGAACAUUCACAGCUUCAUUGAGAAAACUCUUAAUGUUGAUCAUGGUGAUGAGGCUCCUAAAGCCUGGACAAAUCUUCUGACUGCCUUCAAUGAAGUCCUAACUAGCUAUGCUAACUACCAAAUUGGCCUCUCAGACACUGACAAAGUAGCUCUUGAAAGUUCCUGGAGCAGACUUACAGCUGGAGUCAAUGGCAAGAGAAAUGCUGGAGUCAGGCUUGUUCUCUGGAUGUUCAACAAUGUCCCAGACAUGCGCGAACGUUUCACCAGAUUCAAUGCUAAACAGUCUGACGAAGCCCUGAAGACAGAUGCUGAGUUCCUUAAACAGGUUGAUGUCAUCAUAGGAGGUUUUGAGACUUUGAUCAACAACUUGAAUGAUCCCACUUUACUUCAAGAUCGCCUUGAGAGCUUGGCUGAUGCCCAUCUUGAGAAGAAACCUGCCAUUGGUGUCAGUUACUUUGGGCCACUCCAGAAAAACAUCCACCUUUUCAUUGAGAGUGCUCUAGGAGUCGGAUCUGACAGUGAUGAAGCCAAAGCUUGGACUCAUUUGAUUGCAGCCUUGAACAAAGUCAUCAAGGAUCAUGCUAUCCACAAUCUUGGUCUGUCUGACAUUGACAGGGAAGCUCUUGGUAGCUCAUGGAGUCAGUUGACUGCCAGUGCUGGUGGAAGUAAGAACGCUGGAACCAACUUGGUUCUCUGGAUGCUCCAAAAUGUUCCCAACAUGCGUGAUAGAUUCACCAAGUUCGAUGCCCGCAAGCCUGAUGACGUUCUGAGAAAGGAUGCUGAGUUUGUCAACCAAGUAAACCUGAUCACCAGUGGUCUAAAGUCAUUGCUCAACAAUGUCAACAACCCCAUCAACUUAUAUGAGGCUAUUGUCCGACUUGCUGAUGCUCACUUAAACCUGAAACCAAGAGUUGGUCUUGAGUACUUUGGGCCAUUGCAGCGCUACAUCCACUCAUACAUUGAGAAAGCCCUUGGUGUGUCUGCUGACAGUGCUGCCGCCAGAGCCUGGACAAACCUUUUGACUGUCUUCAACAAUGUCCUUAAGGACCGUACUUUCCUUAGGAUCGUCUCUAACGAUGACAAGAAAGCUCUUCACAGCUCAUGGAACACUUUGGUAAACCAAGCUGGUGGCCAACAGAAUGCUGGAAUUAAACUUGUUCUCUGGAUGUUUGACAAUGUGCCCAACAUGCGUGACAGAUUCAGCAAAUUCAAUGCCCACUCCUCUGAUGAUGCUCUCAAGGCUGAUGCUGAGUUCCUGAAACAAGUCAACGUGAUCGUGGGUGGCUUGGAGUCCUUGAUCAACAAUGUGGAUGAUGCUGAUAAACUUCAGGCUGGUGUGGAGAGAUUAGUUGAUGCUCACUUGCACAUGAGCCCAAGUGUUGGUCUGGAAUAUUUUGGCCCACUUCAACAAAACAUUGGAUCCUACAUCCAGAGUGCUCUAGGUGUAACUGCUGACAGCGCUGAAGCCAGAGCCUGGACACACCUACUGAGUGCCUUCAAUGAAUUCCUUGCUGACCAUACCAUUCAGAAGAUUGGACUCUCAGUUACUGAUAGAAAAGUCCUAGAACGUACAUGGAACCAACUUAUCAGUGGACCUGGUGGUAAAGAGAAAGCUGGCAUUAAAUUAGUACUAUGGAUGUUUGAAAAUGUUCCCAACAUGCGUGACCAAUUCUCCAAGUUUGAUGCUCACAAAUCUGAUGAAGCUCUUUCCAAAGACCCUGAGUUUGUCAAACAAGUGAACAACAUUUUCGGAGGGCUAGAAUCUAUCUUGAACAAUCUGAACAAACCAGGUCAGUUGCAGUCCGCUCUGGAACAUCUGGCUGAUGACCAUUUGGACAGGAAACCAAGAAUUGGACUUGAAUUCUUUGGGCCACUACAAAAGUACAUCCACCUCUACAUUGAAAGUACCCUGAAUGUUGCCACAGGCAGUGAGGAAUCUAAAGCCUGGACAAACCUUUUCACUGCUUUGAACAAAGUUAUCAGAGAUCAUGCUAUCGAAAGACUUGGACUCUCAGACAAGGACAGAAAGGCUCUUGACAGUUCAUGGAAGAAACUCAGAUCUGGAGCUGGAGGCAGGAACAAAGCUGCAAUCAACCUCGUCUUCUGGAUGUUUGAACAUGUACCCAAUAUGCGCGAACAGUUCACCAAGUUUGAUGCCCAUCAGCCCAACGCUGCUCUUAAGCAAAACCCAGAGUUCCUGGCCCAAGUAGGCCGUAUCCUUGGAGGCAUUGAAUCUCUAUUGAACAAUCUUGAUGAUCCAGUUGCUCUCAAGGCCGCCAUUGAUAGACUCGCUGAUGCCCAUUUGAGCAUGAGCCCCAGAAUUGGUCUUGGCUUCUUUGGACCUCUCCAACAGAACAUUCAUGAGUACAUUGAGGAGACUCUUGGUGUCAGUGCUGAUAGUGAUGAAGCUAAAGGCUGGACUCACCUCUUUGCUGCCUUCAACAGAGUUCUGAAAGAACGUACUGUACUCAAGAUCGUGUCAGACAAUGAAGGUGCAGCCCUCAAGAGCUCAUGGAAAUCUCUUGUAGAUGCUGCUGGUGACAGGCAGGCUGCUGGAACCAAACUUGUUCUCUGGAUGUUAAACAAUGUCCCCAACAUGCGUGACCAGUUCUCAAAGUUCAAUGCUCACCAGGGUGAUGAUGCCCUCAAGGCUGAUGCCGAGUUCAACAAACAGGUUGAGCGCAUCAUCGGAGGUCUGGAGUCUUUGAUUAACAAUGUGGACAAUGCUGGUCAGCUUCAGGCCGCUAUCGACAGACUUGUUGAUGCUCACUUGCACAUGAAACCAAGUAUUGGUCUUGAAUUUUUCGAGCCACUCCAACAGAACAUCCACACCUACAUUGAGUCUGCCCUAAGUGUUGCUGCUGACAGCAAUGAGGCCCAAUCCUGGACACAUCUACUCAGUGCCUACAACACAGUCCUCAGAGAACAUUCACUGGAGAAAAUUGGCUUAUCAGAUGAUGACAGAAAAGGUCUGGAGAGUUCCUGGAAGAAACUGCUUGAAGCUGCAGGUGACAAGAAGACUGCUGGUACCAACCUUGUCCUCUGGUUGUUUGACAAUGUCCCCAAGAUGCGUGACAGGUUUACUAAGUUCAAUGCUCACCAGUCCGAUGAUGCCCUGAAGGCCAACGCUGAGUUCAACAAACAGGUUGAUGUUAUCGUCUCUGGUUUGGAGACCUUGGUCAGCAAUGUCAACAACCCUGCUGCCCUCCAGGCUGGCAUUGAGAGAUUAGUUGAUACCCAUUUGAACAUGCAACCAAGCAUUGGUCUCUCAUACUUUGGAUCAGUUCAACAAUACAUUCAUCUGUAUAUUGCUAAAACUCUUAACAUUGCUGCUGACAGCGACGAAGCCAAAUCCUGGACUCACUUGUGGGCUGCCUUUAACAAAGUUCUCAAAGAGCACUCUCUAGAGAAAAUCGGCAUCACAGAUAGUGAAAGAAAAUUAUUGAUCAGCUCAUGGAAGAAACUGACUGCUGGUGGCAAGCAAAAUUUUGGCGUAGAUCUUGUUCUCUGGAUGUUUGAGAAUGUGCCCAACAUGCGCGACCAGUUCACUAAGUUCGAUGCCCACCAAUCAGAUAGUGCCCUUAGACAGGAUGCUGGAUUCCUAAGGCAAGUGAGUCGCAUCGUUGGUGGACUUGAGACCCUGAUCAACAGCUUGAAUGAACCAGGAAAACUGCAAGACUCUCUGGAGAAGCUCACUGAUGCUCAUUUACACUUUGUUCCAAGUGUUGGCGUUGAAUUCUUUGCACCUCUGAAAGAUAAGAUCCAUUUCUUCAUUGAGAAAGCUUUGAAUGUUGACUCUAGCAGUGCUGAAGCUCAAGCUUGGACUGACUUGAUUGGUGCCUUCAAUAAAGUGCUUGUAGAUCAUACCAUUCAACACAUUGGUCUGUCAGACAGUGACAGAAAAGCUCUGGACAGUUCCUGGAAGAGAUUGACUGCUGGAGAGAAUGGAGUUCAGAAAGCUGGCAUCAACUUGGUCCUCUGGAUGUUCGGCAAUGUCCCCAACAUGCGUGACAGAUUCUCAAAGUUUAAUGCCAACCAACCCGAUGACGCUCUGAGAAACGAUCCUGAGUUUUUGAAACAGGUCGAUGUCAUCAUUGGAGGACUCAAAUCUUUCUUGGAUUACGUUAACAACCCCGUUGAACUUCAGGCUAACUUGGAUAGAGUUGCCGAGGCUCACUUGAGCAUGGACCCAACUGUUGGGGUUGAGUACUUCAAGGUCUUAGCUCAGAACAUCCAUCGCUUCAUUGAGUCAACCCUUGGUGUUACUGCUGACAGUGAUGAGUCCCAGGCUUGGACCAACCUCUUGGCUGCCUUUAAUAAAGUCGUCAGAAAUCGUACUGUGCUUAGGAUUGUAACAGACAGUGAUAAGGCCGCCCUUGUUAGUUCCUGGGACAGUUUAGUCAAAAAGGCUGGCGACAAACGAAGUGCUGGAGUCAACCUCGUUCUCUGGAUGUUGAACAAUGUCCCUAACAUGCGUGGCACAUUCAAAAAGUUCAAUGCCAACCAGCCUGAUGCUGCCCUCAGAGGUGAUGCUGAGUUCCUCAGGCAGGUGGACCGUAUUGUAGGAGGCCUGGAAUCUUUGGUAAGGAAUGCUAACAACCCAAGCCGUCUUCUUGAUGCCCUUGAGAGACUCAGUGAUGCACAUCUUCACAUGAAGCCAAGCAUUGGCCUGGAAUUCUUUGGACCUCUUGCCCAGAACAUCCACAGCUACAUUGAAUCAGCCUUAAAUGUUGCCGCUGACAGCAAUGAGGCUAAGGCCUGGACCCAUCUAUUGAGUGCCUUCAACAAAAUCCAAGAGUUCAAUUCCAUUGCAAAGAUUGGACUUUCAGAUACUGACAAGCAAGCUUUGGUCAGUUCCUGGAACACACUGAUCUCUGCUGGUAAAGAAAGUGCUGGAGUCAACUUGGUCCUCUGGAUGCUUGACAACGUGCCCAACAUGCGUGACAGAUUCACAAAGUUCAAUGCACAUGCCUCUGAUGAUGCUCUUAAGGCCAAUGCUGAGUUCCUGAAACAAGUCAACGUGAUCGUAGGUGGCCUAGAAUCUCUGAUCAAUAGUGCCAACUCACCUGGCCAACUUCAGGCCAACCUGGAGAGACUGGUCGAUGCUCACUUGCAUAUGACACCAAGUGUUGGUCUUGAAUAUUUCGGACCACUCCAACAAUACAUUCACCUGUACAUCGAGAAGGCUCUAGGCCUGAGUGCUUCCAGUGUUGAGUCCAAAGCUUGGACUCAUCUUUUGGGCGCCUUCAACAAGGUCCUCAAAGAACAUUCUGUACAGAAAAUUGGUUUGACUGACACUGACAGGAAAUCUCUCAUAAGUUCAUGGAAGAAACUGUUGGCUAGAGCUGGUAGCAGACAGAAUGCUGGAAACAACCUUGUCCUCUGGAUGUUGGAAAAUGUCCCCCACAUGCGCGACAGAUUCACUAAGUUCAAUGCCUACCAGUCUGAUGCAGCUCUGAGAAACGAUCCAGAGUUCUUGAGACAAGUCGACCUCAUUACCACAGGUCUUGAGUCUUUGAUCAACAAUGUGGACAACCCUGGUCAGUUCCAAGCCGCCCUGGAGAGACUGUCUGCUGUACACAAGAACAAGACACCUAGCAUUGGUCUGGAAUACUUUGCACCCCUCCAGAGGUACAUCCAUCUUUACAUUGAGAAGAGCCUUAACACCUAUGGUGACAGUGAUGAGGCCAGAGCAUGGACACACCUGUUUGAAUCAUUCAACGAAGUCCUUAAGAAAGCAUAAACAAGAUAAAAGUAGAUGAGCAUCCUUUAAAUAAACAAUGGAUUCUAACAUUACAAAGAAGAAAAGUUAAAUUAACAGUUGAAUGUAAUGUUUUAAUAGUGGACAUUGAAAAGACCAAGUAAUUAAAAAGAUUUUUGUUGAUGUUUUAUGUAUGAAAUAUUUUGACUUUUUGUCACUAUGACAUUGCAUUGAUGGUUCAUUUCUGAAGUGAUAUAACUUUACUGUAGAGAGAAAAAUUCAAAUGGAUUUUAGUGUGUGACUAUUUGUAGUAGAAAUACCAAUGGAUUUUUUUUUAGCUUGAAUACAAAACGGGUAAUAACAUUUUUUAAUCAUAACACAUUUAUCUAUUACAUUUAUAUAAGUGCCUUUAUGUUGUAGUUAGUAAAAAAAAUGAGUCUACAUCGAACUUAUGCACUGUAAGAUUCUCCUAAAUGAGCAGCUGGAAAUGUUUACUAAAAGCUGUUACGACAAUAGAAUUGAACAAAAUGACACAUCAUCAACAUAAAAAAAAACAUCUUAGAAAAUCCUAGAACAACAAAAAGGCACUUAUAGUCAUUCUUUUCAUGUAUAAAAUGUAUUUUUUUUUGUGCUCAAUUUAUCUGUCCACUUCAUGUUUGGAAGUUAGUGUUAAGUCUCUGGACUGCAAUAAAUGUUAUGUAUACAACGACACAGAUUGUUGAUCUGUCUUUCAAACGUGGUGCAUUCUAUGUACUUUCAGUUUGUCAGUAUGUUUUGUGUCUCCUUAAGGAUUUGAUUCAUUAAACUGGAUGCUAUGAAACCAA